CAGGCAGUUUGUGACACACAAGUCAUGUGCAGGUUCGUAGCGGGACUGCACAAAAGAGGCAGAGUAGCGACGACAACAUCAACAAAGGCAUUUAGAAGGACAAGAUGGAUGGUAUCUUACAGCAUCCCUUAUAUCGCACUAUGCUCUGGCUGCGGAAUUCGAAAUAUUCUGUCGAUGUCAAUCUGGUUAUGCGGCAAUGUCCUGUGUCAAGCGCGGCUCGUGGAGUAUUCCGAGUACAUGCGAUGAUUCCGCGUGCAGUCCGAGGCUGCUGACACUGUAUCGUGAGCAUUGAGGUCGUACAACACCACAUCAAUCACCAACGGUCCUAAAAACAUUUCACAUUAUCAAGCAGGCUCUCAGAAUGGUGCCAAGCAACGAAUAUACCGUGAUCGAAGGGCUGCCGACGCCUCAAGUAUAUCACGACCUGCGGAAACUGGCCGGCAUGACACCUCCGCCCCUGGAAGCUGUACCAAAAGCGCUGGAGAAUUCCUUCGUUUGCAUCCUGGCAUAUGAGACCAAGGACUUGCUAGACGAAUCAACACCCAGUCCCAGUCAGGUUCCUGUCGCCAUGGGUCGCUUGGUGGGAGACAAGUCGCUCUUCCUCAUACUUUGCGAUGUUGCGGUGCAUCCAGACCACCAACGGCGCGGACUGGGGAAACGCAUCAUGCAAGCACUGGUCGACUAUGUAGAUGCGCAUGCCCCUCAAGCAUACGUGAGCUUGGUGGCAGAGCCAGCAGCGCAGAAGCUGUACCCUCAGUACGGAUUCAAGGGCGUGGACCCCAGCAUUGGAAUGUACAGGAUGCGGAGAGAACGAAAGAUUGAGGGAGAAGCCGUCAACGGAGGAUCACUAUCCAACGGGGUAGUCUGAAGCUACUGUGUGCGUGUCUUUGCAACGCUGUCAAAGCGAGGUUGUCUGUUGUGUAGAGAUCCUAUCUGCGAAGGUGUCGACAAGCGGGGAAGCUUGGGCAGGGAAAACGCGGGGGCACGUUUGACAGCUGGGCAGGUGCGGAGCUUUGAGCCACAAUCACGUAUGCAUCAACAAACUCAGGAUUUGCGCAAUUCAAUCUCAUUGACACAGAUUACGAGUGCU